AUGCAAUUGGGCUUACACAGGCCUGAAUAUAUUCAAGACUUUUCACGAGUGGAGAGGCAGUUAAGCGUAGAAGGUAUCCAGGAUUCGGUACGGAUAUGGGCAGCUUGCUACAUUGCAGCCCAGUGCAUCACCUCUUCGAUAGGGCAGGAAUCAAUACUGAAGCCAGAUCAAAUGAUCACCCGGGCUUGUGAACCAAGCAAUAUUUAUCAACUGCCCAUCGGAUUGCAUCAACAUUUAAGAUUGAUGAAAUUCUCCGUCCAUGUCAGUAAGAUUCUGUCAGAGAACUCAAAUACCGCUUCUGGGCUUCCGGAUGAGCGAGAUCGCGUCCAUAUAAUGGACCGUCUUCAGCUUGAAUUUGAUGACCUGAAGAGCCAAUUAGAAGUCAAUGCCACAAUUGUUGAAAAAGUAUAUAUAUCUUGUACGCAGCUACAGUUGCAAGUGUUCUACUUUUUCGAAGGAAUCCAGCCAGAAAAAAGGAAGGAAGGUCUGCUGAAGUGUUACGAAACAGCAUCAACCAUGAUCGAAACAAUGAAGCGCGCCGAAUUAGAAAUAAGCUCUGUCGUCUAUUCUCCAUAUCAAUCGUACCGACUAGUGCUCGUUGCGGGUAUUGUACUCAUGCGAAUACUCAUCUCUAGUUACUCAGACCUUGUCGAUUUCAAAGUGGGAAAACAGAACUUCAAUACUUCCAUCAGGCUGUUACGUCGGUUUUCUUUGCAAGAUAAUGACACUGCGGGGCGAGGCUCCAAAAUCCUAAGUCAACUAUGGAUUCACUAUCAAAACUCGCCUCAUAUCAGAGAAAGUCCACCAAGUUUGCAGAUCAAAUCACGUCUAGGAGGAAGUCUAUUACAUGAUUCUCUUUGGAUCUGGAGGCGAGAGUGCGAUGACCAGAAAGCCUCACACCGUGGCACACGUCAGAAUUCUCCCCACAAAUCAUCCCGACAAGAUUGGGCGAACCAGCCCCUAACAAAUCCACUCCAGAGCAGUAACAGCAGCAAUGACAGCAACAACAACGAGAUGAAUGAUAUUUUGAAUUUUAGUGGCAUCGAAAACUUGGACAUUAGCUGGCUCGACGGAGCAAACUUGCUCUCGUGGCUUCUGCCGGGAACUGAUUUUAACCAGCCUACGGGUGGUCCGACAAUUAAUGUAACUUAA